AUGGCUACAACAUUAUCAUCUCCUUCAUUAUGUCAACAUUCACAAUGCGAUGCAUAUCAAUUUACUAUUUGUCGGCAUUGUCAGUUAUUUCUUUGUAUACGACACUUAGCUGAACAUCAACAGCAAUUUCCUAGCGAUUUCCAACGCUUAUUAGACGAUGCACGAAGACAGCAAGCACAAUUGACAUCGUUUGAUAAACGUUUGACCGAACAACGACUGAAAUUGAAUCAAGUAUUGGAUAAUGAAAUGGAACAUUAUCGACAAUUGAAUGCGUAUGUACAAUCAAAAGCAACGGCAACGACCAAUAUCGGACCAGAUGACUUUGUAAAUAUGCGAUCGUGUUUAGCGCGAUUACAACAAUCAGCGGCGUUUUUACCUGUUAUUGAUAAAAUUGGACAAUUGAUUGGUGAACAUGAAUCAGCAACAGCAACAAACUCGAGUAAUGCACCAUUCAAUGAUGAGAGUGUCUAUGGAACAUUUGGUGAUUCAAGAUUGUUCUCAACAGCUAUUGUCAAACAAGAUCAACAAGUUGCGUUAUAUACUAAUCACGACCUAUCAUCCUCUUCGAAUAUUGGCAAAUCUACUGAGACUGAUGACGAACUUCCGGACACUGAUACCAAUCAACCACUGAGUUCUUUAACAGUUCGAGAAUUAAAGACUUACAAAUGUGAUUAUUGUCCAUUAACAACAAACACUUAUGGUAUUGAACGUCGUCAUCAAGUCCGUCAUAUACCUUGCAUUCGUCGAUCAAAUUCUCAGAUAUCUCUAUUUGAACAUUUAAAACAAUAUCACUAUUUAAAUUACGCAGCAUCCAUGCAGAUCGUUCGUCUUGUGUCGUCCGGUGAUCUUGACGAUCAUCCAACGUUAUUUUCUUCCGCAACUGAAUCCUCAAUCGUUUCGAUUCUUCCAUCGUUCUUUCGUGCACCAUGUCCGUUAACUCAACAUAACGUCUUCGGUCUUGGACCAAUGCAUGGCAUUCGCCUAUGCACCCCAUCGACUGAACAGCAAGAUUUUGCCUUAUACGAUCAUUUUCUCGCAUUUCAUCAAUUGAAUCGAGCCAGUGCGAUGAAAUUAGUCAAAGCAAUGAUGAAGAAUGAAAAUAGUAGUCAACGAAUCUUGUUUCGACCGGAUGAACAAGUCUUAAACGAAACAGCGUAUGUGUCUUGUCCACUAAGCAAUUACAAUGCUGUUUUGCCACACCAAGAACGUAUUCCACACACGCCAUGUCAAUCAACGGUUAAAUUACGAUAUUUAACUGGACAUUUACGUGAUGUACAUCAUUUAAAUAAAACAGCUGCGAAACGCAUUGCAUCUGCCCUACGUAAUGAACAAGGGAGCAUAGAUGGCCGAUCGAUUGGAUUAUUUGAACGCGAUGAAAAUAUUCUUAAAUCCAAAAAGAAAAAAAAUAUGGCAAAUCGUUUUCGUCCACCUGUCCAAUUAGCUAAACAAGUACAACAGAACCAACAACAACCACCACCCUCGUUAUAG